CACACUGGCCACUGACCCACUCAUCAAAGCGUUCGGCGUCCAUUUAAUUUAGGUGUUUAAUUACCAUAAACGAUGGGCCUGGUUAUGGGCCUAACUUUUAUGUUAUACGCCCAUUUAACUUGGGUGUUUAAUUACAAACUUGCUUUAGCGACGACUUUGACGAGAAAUGAGAGGCCCAAUAUAAAAUACGAGCUUGCUUACCAAAAUUUGAGACCCAAAUAGUAAACCAAUCUCCUCCAGAAUGCAAGUGGACACAAAUCCCCAAGAGAAACAGAAUCAAAAUCUCAAGAAAACCUAUUAGCCCUGUUUCCAGCAAGAGGGCAGAGAAGCAGAGAGAGAGAGAGUGUGAGAGAGAAAGCAGCUUCUUCUUCUUCUCCUCCUCUUCUCCCUUAUGUGGAUUUCAAAUCCUUCUCUGCUACUCUCUCUUCACAUUUCUCUACCAACAUUCUUCUUCUGACACUCAACACACACACUGCAACUUCCACAGCUAAAUCUAGCAACACCAAGUCAAAAUCCGCCACUAACGAUGCUUCUUCAAAACUUCUCCAACACCAUUUUCCUUCUCUGCCUCUUCUUCACACUCCUCUCCGCCACUAAACCCCUAAAUCUCACUCUCCCUCACCAACACCCUUCCCCUGAUUCCGUCGCUCUCCAUGUCAUCAGGAGUGUAAAUGAAUCUCUUGCAAGAAGACAACUAAGCUCACCAUCAUCAUCCUCAUCAUCAUCAUCCUCCUCAUCAUCAUCCUCUUGCCGUACCGGAAACCCAAUCGACGAUUGCUGGAGAUGCAGCGACGCAGACUGGUCAACAAACCGACAAAGACUAGCAGACUGUUCAAUCGGCUUCGGACACGGCACACUCGGAGGCAAAAACGGCAAGAUCUACGUCGUAACUGACUCAUCCGACAACAACCCAACAAACCCAACACCAGGAACACUCCGUUACGGCGUAAUCCAAGAAGAGCCACUCUGGAUCGUCUUCUCUUCAAACAUGCUCAUCAGACUAAAACAAGAACUCAUCAUCAACAGCUACAAAACCUUAGAUGGUCGUGGCUCAGCCGUUCACAUUACCGGAAACGGUUGCUUAACUCUCCAAUACGUUCAACACAUCAUCAUCCACAACCUCCAUAUCUAUGACUGUAAACCUUCAGCUGGAUUCGAGAAACGUGGUAGAUCCGAUGGAGAUGGGAUCUCGAUCUUCGGAUCUCAGAAGAUCUGGGUUGAUCAUUGUUCAAUGAGUCAUUGCACCGACGGGCUAAUUGAUGCUGUGAUGGGUUCUACAGCUAUAACUAUAUCUAACAAUUACUUCACCCACCACGACGAGGUUAUGUUGUUGGGUCAUGAUGAUAACUAUGCUCCUGAUACGGGGAUGCAAGUGACGAUAGCGUUUAAUCAUUUCGGACAAGGGCUUGUUCAGAGGAUGCCUAGGUGUCGGAGAGGUUACAUUCAUGUAGUGAAUAAUGAUUUCACUGAGUGGAAAAUGUAUGCUAUUGGUGGUAGUGGUAAUCCCACCAUUAACAGUCAAGGAAAUCGUUACUCUGCUCCUUCUGAUCCUAGCGCCAAAGAGGUGACGAAGCGAGUGGACUCGAAGGACGAUGGUGAAUGGUCGAAUUGGAAUUGGAGAACAGAAGGGGAUUUGAUGGAGAAUGGAGCUUUCUUUGUGGCCUCUGGUGAAGGAAUGAGCUCAAUGUACUCUAAAGCUUCUAGUGUUGACCCUAAAGCUGCUUCUCUCGUAGACCAGCUCACUCGAAACGCUGGCGUUUUUGGCGGUCCCAGGGAUGAUCAAGGUCAGAGUGGCAAUUCUUACUCUCCUUAUGGAGGCGACGGCGGUGGCGGUGGGAGCAGCGGUGGGAGCAGCGGUGGAGGGAUGGACGUUAUGGGAGGUACGACGAGAGGAAGCAGCAGCAGCAGCGGCGAUGACAGCAAUGUCUUCCAGAUGAUAUUUGGAAGCGAUGCACCGUCUCGGCCGCGUUUAACGUUAUUGUUUUCUUUGUUAAUGAUUUCGGUUUUGUCGUUAUCAACUCUAUUAUUGUGACGAAUGGAUAACAAAUAGGAUUUGGACCGUUCAAUUGAUUGGUUUUUGGUGUAAAGUGUGGCUCUCUCUCCAUUAUUUUCUUUAAUUGUAGUUGGAUUGGCAACAAUACAAAACACUAAAAUGGGAUUGUCAAGGCAACGUCAAAGACGAACUUUGUCUCAUCCAAUCAAAUGCUUUGUUUC